AUGCGGGUUCAGGAACUAGCGGAGGUCGUUGCAUCUUUGCAGAAUCGUUUCGACGAAUCACAAAACCAGAUCUCACUACUGGUUGCUCAAAUGCAACAAUUGAAUGAUUCCAUGGGGGUUCUUCAUUCGCAGGCAGGCAAAUCACCGGAGAAUCAACACGAUUCAGGCACAGGUUCAUCUUCGGCUGGCUCCGCAGAUUUUCAUAACGAGAUGGGGCAAAAGGAUACCACAGACCCACGAUCGUUGCUGAAAUUUGUGAGAAUGGAGAUUCCGCUAUUUGAUGGCACAAAUCUAGAUAAUUGGAUUUUCAAAACAGAACUCUUCUUCGAAUUACAGAAGGUUCCACCGGCGUUAAAGGUUCAAUUAGCAGGUCUGAGGAUGGAAGGUCCUGCUUCAUCAUGGUUCCAGUGGACUUACAAAGGAGGAACAAUUCGUCUAUGGCCAGAUUUCACAAAGGCAUUACGGCAGCGUUUUGGUGUGAAGCCACAUCAAAACAUUACGGGCAUGCUUUCUAAGGUAACACAAACAGGGACACUCAAAGAUUAUUUGUUUGAAUUUGAAAAGUUGAUGAAUCAGACUACCAAUGUUGAUGAUGAUUUGUUAUUGAGUUUUUUUGUUUCGGGGUUAUCUCCUGAUUUACGAAGAGCAAUUGAAAUUCAUGAGCCAAAGACUCUUCAACGAGCAAUGCAUUUUGCAUUUGUUUAUGACGCUCAUUACACAGACCUACGUGUAUCUAUGAAUAAUGGGGCAUCAAACAACCCGAAGAGAACACAAUUUCGCAGCUACCAGUCCAGUGAAGGGGUGACCAAUCAAACUGCGAACAUAACGUCUUCGGUGGGCACCUCAAUACCCAACAAAACUGUAGCAGUCCACUCUUCAACAACUCAGAAUCCAUCAUCUCAGACAUCAACAUCCCAUGUACCGGUUAAGAGAAUGUCUCAAGAAGAGUGGAAUAAAAGACGUGAAUUAGGCCUAUGUUUUAGUUGUGAUGAAAAAUGGAAUAAACAGCAUAGAUGUAAAGGGAAACUCUUACUUCUGGUGGGAGAGGAGCAGGGCGAUGAGGAAGAUGGAGAGGAAAUUGUUUGGAACUUUAAUGAGACUGGUGCGGUCAAUGAGGAUGCAUCACUGCAUUCUUUGUCUGAAAUACACAAUUCCAAAGCCUUGAAUUUUGUUACCACCAUUCAAGGACAAACAGUAACAAUACUAGUAGAUACUGGUAGCACGCAUAGCUUUAUACAGAGACAUUUAGUUUCAGCUUUGCAGAUCCCAGUGAUACGCAUCAGGAAAAUGAGAGUUUUCCUAGGAAAUGGUGAGUUCUUGGUAUGUGACAGUAAAUGCCUGAAGGUGAAGUUGAUGGUGCAAGGCCAGACAUUUGAGAUGGAUUUAUGGGUACUUGAUCUUGAUACACUGGGAAUCAUCUUGGGAAUGACAUGGUUGGAAUCAUUGGGCAAAGUAACACAUGAUUACAACCAACUAACAAUGGAGUUUGAUUGGCAAGGGAAGUUGGUUCAGUUGAAGGGGGAAUCUCAUGAAGGCAUCCAAAAGAAGUCUGCAGUAGGGAGUUGUCUAUCCUUAGCCUGUGAAACGCAACAUCAGUCUGGGACUACAUGGUCCAAACCAGUCAAUGUAAAGCCUUAUCGGUAUGGCUAUCAUCAAAAAGAGGAGAUAGAGAAGCAAGUGACCGAAUUGCUGGCUUCAGGCUUCAUCCAAUACAGCACAAGCCCUUAUUCUUCUCCAGUUUUAUUGGUUAAGAAACAAGACAACACUUGGCGGAUGUGUAUAGAUUAUAGGGCUCUUAAUGCCCUUACUGUUCGUGAUCGGUUUCCUAUGCCUACUAUUGAUGAACUAAUUGAUGAAUUGGGAGGAUCCGCUAUUUUUUCCAAACUUGAUUUGAGAGCGGGGUAUCAUCAGAUCAGAAUGCUACCUCAAGACAUACCAAAGACAUCUUUUCGAACCCAUGAAGGCCACUAUGAGUAUUUGGUCAUGCCUUUUGGGUUGACAAAUGCUCCAAGCACAUUUCAGGAUCAUACACAACACAUGCAGAUUACAUUGCACACUCUUAGCCAGAAUCAAUUUUUUGUUAAAAUGAGUAAGUGUGCCUUUGGAGUGGAGGAGAUUGACUACCUUGGCCAUAAGGUGUCCCACAAAGGUGUUCAUGCUGAUAAUAAGAAGAUAGAAGCCAUGCUAUCUUGGCCACCACCUAAGUCAAUCAAGCAACUAAGGGGAUUUCUUGGUCUUACCGGAUACUAUAGACGUUUUGUCCAGAAUUAUGCAACCAUAGCCUCCCCCCUCACUGAUUUGUUGAAGCAAGGAGCUUUUAAUUGGAGUGAGGAAGCACAGGAAGCUUUUGAAUUCUUAAAGAUGGCAAUGGCAAGCACACCUAUUUUGGUGCUGCCUAAUUUCAGCCUUCCAUUUGUCCUAGAAACUGAUGCUUCCAAUUCAGGUAUUGGAGCAGUCUUAUUACAACAGGAUAGACUAUUAUCAUUCUUCAGCAAACGCUUAGGACCAAGAUUAGCUACAGCCUCUACAUAUGUGCGAGAAUUAUAUGCCAUCUGUGAAGCGGUGAAGAGGUGGCGACAAUACUUACUUGGAGCUCAUUUUACUAUCCGGACAAACCAUAGAAGUAUCAAGGAACUGUUGGGGCAGACCAUUCAAACCACGGAGCAGCAGAAAUACUUGUGUAAAUUACUGGGUUAUUCAUUUAAUAUUGAAUAUAAACCUGGUCCUUUGAAUGUGGUUGCAGACGGAUUGUCUCGUUGUUUUGAAGAGGACAACCUAGUUGCAGUUCAUGCUUUACUUGGUGAACCAACCUUUGAUCUACUGGCUCGAAUUAAAUAG